CAUGACAUAACUUUGGGAAAUCUUUUGUUUUGGUGUGUUUUGAAAGUUGUGCAAAAGGUUACGGGCCGCGCCGCGUUGUAGAUAAAUGAAUAGAAAAUGGUUAACAACAGUAGAUGCAUUUCCUAAAAUGUUACCUUCGCUGCAUCCACUGAACGGGUGGCUCGGGCGAGCAAUACUGCUGCGAUACCUUGAACCUCACAAACGAUGGAUCAGCUGUUCCGUGGCGUUGCUCCGAAGCCACUACGAUUCGCUUGGUGUAACAGCGAACGCAACACAGAACGAUAUUAAGCAGGCCUACUACAAGCUGUCCAAAUUGUACCAUCCGGACAAGAACAAGGGCAGCGAGGUGGCGGCCGAAAAGUUCCGCGACAUUACGGCAGCGUACGAGGUGCUUGGGAACUACCGGCUGAGGAAGCUGUACGACAAGGGCAUUCUGCACACGGCCGGCCGACAGUUUGCGAGCGAAGCACCGAGCGCAACGGAAGAACACACCGAAGACGAUGCCCAGACGCGAUUCUACAAGAAGCGCAUGACUCGAACGCAUACCCCAACGGCGACGGGCCGCACACCGAUCUACGACUUUGACGAGUGGGCUCGGAACCAUUACGGGAGCAGGUUCGAUCAGAAGAUGAAGGCGGAGGAGCGGUUCAGAAAGAAAGCUGAACGGGAAGAGAUUUUCAAGACUCGACUGCAGCAUGAGUACAUCAUAUUUCCGCUACUAUUUUUCUGCAUCCUGUACUGUGUGAUAGUGUUCCAAGAGGGUACAUACGAUUCUCCCAAGCCGGUGACGAAAAAUGAGCCUUAAAAAGGCUGCAAGGUAACGGGUUAAGCGUGGCUGGAGCUAUCGUAUUAUUUAUCUGUACAUAUUUUAGAGCAAUAACAAUACACCGCAGGCCCUUGUGCUACGUGAGUCCAAAAGU